UUUAGACAAAGACCCACAAGGAAGCAAUACUGCUUUUUAUGCUUGUAAAAAUAAUUGUAGUAGUGGUUCGAUAGUGGAAAUUAGUUCUAAUAUGAAUGUGGAUGAUAAAAGAAUAAAAUAUGAAGUAAAAAAAGAUUGUUAUUUUGGCCCUCAUUACCAACGACAAAAUGAUUUUACUUGUGCUACUUGCUACGAAAAAAAUAAUAGUCCUAAUCUCCCCAGUCCAUCCAAUCCUAACCAGCCAAAUAACCCCAGCCCCAACAAUAAUUCUAACCCCACUAUCCCCAAUUCUGUCCAAGAAUAUUUUCAAGCCAAUAAUGUUAAAAAAAUUGAGUUAGAAAAUAAUAAAUGA